AUGGCUCCCAUCUCUGUACCCAACACUAACUCGGUGACAGGUCCCUCUAGCAUCACACAAAACAUAAAAGUCAGCAGGAGCGAGCUUCUUCAUACCUGCUUCUACAACAGAACCAAAUACUACUUUCCGACGCUCGAUCCCAAAGCCCAUGAAUUCUCCCAGGAAGUCCGCAGGUUCUUCUCCCGCUGCUAUAAAACUCAAACUCCAAACCUUGGUGUUCUGGCCCGCCUGCCUCAAGAUCUCCUCGAAGAAAUCGUAUUGCAUCUGGACAUUGACUCUUUUCGCCGGUUUAGACAAGUCAGUCGCCGGGCGCGGUACCUCUCAACUGCUAUCACCAUCUACCAGCGUGUUCUGCGCUACGCCCCAGAUGCGCCCAACGCUUUGAGAAGAACAGAUCUUAGCGGCUAUGUCUCGUAUUCAGAUGUCUACACUGCACUCACGACGUCAAAGUGUACUUUCUGCGGACAGUUCGGCGAAUUCAUGUUCCUUUCGACUGCUAAGCGAUGCUGUUUCGAGUGGCUUCGUGCAUCACCGGAGACAGCUCUCGUCAACCAAGCAUGCAUCAGCAGGAGGGAACAAUGGAAGGAUUUAUACACCGAACACACUGAGGAUCUUGCCGAAGCCUUGAAGUCAAUGGAUGUGCGUCUUUCAAGACUCAUAAAUGGGAUGAUCAGAAAAUGUCAAAGACUCGUGGCGUUCUAG